AUGUCUGACUCGGAGAGCGCAAGCGAUGAGAACGAGAACAAAAAUGGCAACGUUACACCCCAAAGGAACUCUUCAAGUGGCGAAUCCGAUUCCACUCCUUCACAUCGAUCUCACCCUGACGAGAACUCUCAACAUGUCCCUAGCGAAAAAGGUUCAGACAAAAGUGACUCUGAACGGUCUUCUGCGUCUCCUCCGAAGGGAAAAAAGAGCAUGGGCUCUGAAAAGAGCGAUUCUGAGCGUUCUUCUGCGUCUCCUCCGAAGGGAAAGAAGAGCAUGGGCUCUGAAAAGAGCGAUUCUGAGCGUUCUUCUGCGUCUCCUCCGAAGGGAAAGAAGAGCAUGGGCUCUGAAAAGAGCGAUUCUGAGCGUUCUUCUGCGUCUCCCCGAAGGGAAAGAAGAGCAUGGGCUCUGAAAAGAGCGAUUCUGAGCGAUCUUCUGCGUCGCCUCGGAAGGUCAAGCAAAGGAGAUGACAAGAGCGGCAAGAAGUCGCCAACCACUGCUGCCCGUAUCUUUGGAGAUGAUUUAUCGUCAGAUUCAGACGAUGAGAGGGGAGACGCUGUCAAGAAAAAAAGAGCUACCACCGACUCUGAUGGGAAUAAAUCCGAUGCCAGUAGAAGAAGUGACGAUAGCAUUCAUGGUAUUCGGAUGUACCCGGAACAAGACGAACAGCCUGAAAAGCAGCUACCACCAACCAUAGUUGAUAUAACUGUGAGCAAAGUGAAUUGUGAUUUCGGUGAUGGGAUCCAGUUCAUGAAGAUUCCGAACUUCUUCUCAGUUGCGCAGAAACCUUUUGACCCGGAGACUUACGAAGAAGAUGAAGAUGACGACCAUGUAGAUGAUGAGGGACGUAAUCGUCUGAAGUUGAAAGUGAGUGAGUGGAGUUACCCUGAAGAAUCUGGUGAAUGGAAUGAUUUAUAA